AUGGCGUCUUGCCUUCUCCGUCCCAUCUUCUCUGACGGGGCUUUCUUCUUGUCUCGCAGGUCGACGGCUCUGGAAUUGCUGGGAGGCCCCGAGGCUGUCUCUGCUUGUCUCUCUUCUUCCUCGGAAGAAAAACUGUUUCUGGGAACUUCUCUCCACGACCGGGUCUUCUCGCAGUUCCUGCCUUCGACACCCUCUCGCGCCUCUGGUCUCGCCGUGCGCAUUGAGAGAAGAAAGAGCGGCCGAGUCACGCUGACUAUUCUCGGCCGAGUGGAGCAGCUGCACACUUUCGACGGUUUAGCGGAUUUCUACUACGCUCCGCCCUCGAGGGCCAGGAAACCAACCGAUUUUCGCCAGCUUCUCCUCUCUCACAACGCGCCGGCUUCUUCGUCUCUCUUCAUUCCGCCUCCGCUCUUCUGCCGGUUCUCGCAGCCGGCCAACUACCGACUGGACCAACUGUCUGUGGCGCCGCCCUCGAGCCCAAAAGGCGAAGCCGCGACCGCGGUCGCACGCGCCCUAGGUGUCUCCGCUGUCCCCUGGUUGGGCGACUCGCCCGGCAAGGCGUCCGCCGAGAGACUUGCCGCCGCCUCAGUUUCGCCUUCAUCUUCUCCUUCAGCUGCUCCAGGCUCGAAGACAGUCCUUGAUCGCGAGGAUGACGCCGGAGAGGAUAAGUUGGGAACACAGCGACGAAGGCGAGAAGACGCCUCGUGCGCCUCGCAGGGUCUGGACGCUGAGGGCGAAGCCGCGUCGGAGGGGACAGAAGACGGCGCCUCGACGAGCGGAGAAGAGAGCCGAGACGGUGGCAAGACAGGCGACGCGACAGGGGAGACAGAAUGGCCGCGCACGAAGGCGCAGCGGAGCGAAGAUGAAAAACGCGUCGGGGAAGAAUUCAACUCAGUCGCCCGCUUUGGAGACGCGCAAGUCCCUUCGCUUCCGCCUCCUGCCGCCAUGAAGGCCACAGCGGACGAACUGCUUCUCUCGCGCCUCCGCCACUUGCUCGUCGAGCACCCCAUUUGGCUGCGGAGUUCCCUCGACGCGCGUCUGCCGGAGGAAUUCACUGCGUGGCGGAAGAAGCCCGCGUACGCAAAGUCCUGCUUCCUCUUUGCAGAUGGCCCCUGGAGAGGCUGCCUUUGCCGCCUGGGGUACGACCCGAGACUGCAUGCCGAGAGCCGAUUCUCGCAGACCAUCGACUUCCGUGACGCAUUCUUCCGAAACGUGAACUGGCGUCGACUCCGGAAUCGCCGAACACCGGGCUCUCUCUGCUCGCUUCUGCCGCUCUCUGCCUCGCCCUCUGCAGCCCAACCAGGCAGCGCGCCUCCGGAGGCUGGCGAGGAGCUCUGCGGGUCUCUCGCCUCGCUUCAGACGGCGGGGAAGAACGUCGCGCAUCUCGAGCAACACUUUUUGAUUGCACCGACGCGGCCUUCGGUCUUGUAUCAACUCCGGGAGAUUCAAGACGAAGGCGUCCAGAAACUCCUGAAGGACGCACCCGUUCUGACUUCGCCGUGCAAAGAAACAGGCUGGUUCACCGCGGCGACGAUGAAGACCCUGCGCGAGCUCCUGGCGAUGAAGAGCCAGCGCAUGCGCGAGAAAGGGGAUUUGCCUGCGACGGCUUAG